UUUGAGACCCAACUUACCUAGACAUCUAACUACCUUACUCACCUCCUUACCAUAAUUGGACUGCUAGUAGUAAUAAUCCAAGCGCCGUCACUCAAUCCUCAUCAAUCAUGUUGUCGGGUUAUUUCUUCCUGCCUUUCGCGGUACUCUCGUCGGCUCUUCCAAGCUAUAUUCGAGACACCACCUGCUCUGAACCAACGACCUUCACCGUUCGAGAUCUGGGCAUCUUCACCCCUUCGUCCUCCAACACGGGUCCUUCGAGGAUCUCCUUCGAGGUUGACAACACCACGUGCUCUUCCAACACGAUUCUCAACCCCAAGAACGCCACUGCCUGCGCAGACACACAUUACUCUUACUUCUGGGAUGGCUCUUCCCUGACGGUGCAACAGGUCUACACUCCUUGCGACAAUCCGACGGGAUUGGCUUUAGUUAAGGGGACGAUCAGUGACAUUGCCCUGGACUGCAUUCCUGUUGAGUCGCCGUACCCUCUUGGCGAUGGGACACUAUGCCAGACGCCCACGGGCGAAUUAAGUGGAGAGUAUUAAAUAAGAGGAAUAACCACAACCGCGUGAGGACUCACUCAUGACUCUUAUGGUUGUGGUUGCUGGGCCAAGACAUCGAAGCGCAUUGGAGAGAGAGUGGGGGUUAGGGGGGGGGAUUGAUCAAUCUCGGCGAAGACUUUUUUUCAAAACCCUUUUUUUUUCUCAAUUGUCCGAACGGGUUUUGUUUUCCUUUUUGACGAGUAGUCCAUAGAAG